AUGCCCGGCGAUGUUCCUGACUGGAUUCGCCGUCGCAGCGAAGCAAGCCGCGGCCCACCCAGGCCAAUGCAAGUUCUGUUGCAUCAGGAAGGUCACUGGAACACGCCACCAUCUUAUGAAGACGACGAUGAGGACCUGUACGAGCUUGAUGCCGGACCUCCUUCGGCAUCUGGAGCAAAUGGCAACGCAGUGCCACGGACAGUUCCAUCGGGCGAGUGGCGCGAGGAUUAUGGAGAGCAGGGAGCGGUACAAAGCGAUGACGAUGAAGAACUUGCUAGGGCGCUUGAGCUCAGUCAGCAGGAGGAGGCUCUAUCAGGGGGUUUUGAUGAGAAUCAGAUCAAGAAGGCAUUGAUUGAUUCUUUGGUCCUUCAAUGA